AACGCGUAUCCCAAGUUCAUUUACUAAUUGUCGGCAAUUUCCAGUCACUUUUGCAUCAAGUUAUGAAUUUUUUUCAACGUGUGAUUAUAAUUGACGUAGGUUUUCUACAGUUGAGCUAAAACGUCUUUCACAAAAUAAAGAAAAAAAAGCACGCGAUCUAAUUUUAUCAAAGAAAUUCCGGUUCAUUACAUUUAUGCGUUACAUCAAGAAAACCAAAAAUCACGCAUUUAUUACCGUUGACCGGCCACGCGGACUAGGUUGAGGUUUUUUUUCUAUAUAAAAAGUGUCAGAGAAUUAAAGUGUCAUUAGUCGGCGACUAAAACUUACUGAGAAUUUGUAAAGAUGCGCAUGCAACUACUAAUUCUGUUCUUCGCUGCUUCUGCAUCGUCAGCAGAGCAACGAACUAAGACGGUGGAGGAGGAACAAUGUCUCAAAGAACAUCCGAAGUUAUUAAAUUAUUUUUCCUGGGCUGAUUAUACGGUAUUGGGAAUGAUGUUGGGCAUUUCCUGCCUAAUUGGAACAUUUUAUGGAUUUUUUUCUAAAAAGCAAGAAACCAGUGAAGAUUUUCUAUUAGGAGGUUCUAGUAUGGGAACUUUUCCAAUGGCAAUGUCACUCGCUGCCAGUUUUGUUACUGCUAUUGAAUUGCUUGGAAAUCCCGCUGAAAUGUACUCGCAGGGUACGCAAUUUUGGAUGACCUGUCUGGCAUUCGUUCUAGUUAUUCCAAUAACGUCUCAACUUUAUUUGCCAGUUUAUAUGAAACUAAGGCUAACUUCAAGCUACGAAUAUUUAAAUUUACGAUUUAAUCGGCACUGCAGACUUUUGGCAAGUGGACUAUACAUGAUACAAAUGGUCUUGUACACUUCAGUAGCCGUUUAUGCUCCAGCAUUAGCUUUAAGUCAUGUUACGGCCCUAAAUACUUAUGUUGCUGUGACUCUAGUCUAUGUAGUCUGCAUUUUUUACGCAUCUCAGGGAGGUAUGAAGGCUGUUAUAAUGACCGAUACCUUUCAAGCUGCUGUUCUUCUGGGCUCAUUAUUUUUAAUUGUUGGAUAUGGAAUAUCCUGGGCUGGAGGCUUUUCCACUGUGUGGAACGACAACUUGCAAACUGAUAGACUUGAAAUUUUCAAUAUGGAUCCAACCCCCACUGUGAGGCAUAGUUUUUGGAGUGUUGUUGUCGGCGGAACUUUUUACUGGGCGACUAUGUUUUGUAGUAAUCAAGCGUCCAUCCAAAAAUACCUAAGCGUUGAAAGUAUCAGUCAAGUAAGAAAGGCUUUAUGGGUAUCUUCUGCUGGACUGAUACUUAUCUACUCGAUCAAUUUUAUGACUGGUAUGGUUUUGUAUAGUGUUUAUAAAAAUUGCGACCCUCUGCGAGCCGGGCAAAUUACUGGACAGGACCAGUUAUUACCACUCUACGUGAUGAAUUUUAUGGGCAGUUUGAAAGGAGUGCCUGGCUUUUUUGUUGCUGGUAUAUUUGCAGCUUCACUCGGUACUGUGGCUAGUGCGCUUAAUUCGCUGGCUGCCAUUACAGUAGAAGAUGUUUUACAGGGAUUAUUUGGUAUAACUUUACCAGCACGACAUGGUGCAUUUUAUGCUCGAUGGAUUAGUAUAUUAUUUGGAGCAAUUAGUUUCGCCCUGGUAUUUGUUGUUGAACGACUUGGAGGCGUACUUGAGGUGGCUUUAUCUUUCAAUGGAAUGGUGGGAGGCGUCACAUUAGGAUUAUUUUCCCUGGGAAUGUUUGUACCGUGGGCAAAUUCGAAAGGGGCCAUGGUUGGGGCCCUCACAGGCUUAGUUUUGGUUGGUUGGAUUGGAAUAGGAGGUCAGGUUGCUGCAAUUAAUCAUCAAAAUAAUAUCGGGGGAAAGGCAACUUCUGUCAAUCAAUGCCCUUGUGUCAAUGAAACUAUUCUCGCUUUAUCAGGAUCAGAGGAAUCUUUUCCAGAGGCUUGGUCCUUAUACAGAGUGAGCUAUCUCUGGUACAGUGCAAUUGGCUGUCUCGUCACAGUUUUCGUCGGUGUCGUUGUAAGUUUUGUAACUGGCUUCCAAGAUCCAUCCGAAUUGGAUUAUGAUCUUCUCAGUCCGCCAAUAAAACAUCUUUUGGGACCACCAACCAAAUCCAGAUCUAGCAGUAAAAUUCACGGUGUUACAAAUUUAGCCCUGGAGAUGUACGAUGAAAAAAUUCAUAUAGAAAAUGGCAGGGGUACAAGGUUCUAAUGAACUAUUAAUUAUAAUAUAGGCCUACACAAUUUUAGAUUCUGCCAGGCACAAGAACCAGACUGAUCAUUGCCCAUACAUUUUUUGACGCUGAAUCCGAAACUGUUACAGUAAAUUGAAUUUUAAGAUUUUUUAGGAAUUAAGUUUUAGGAAGUUAUCGUGGCUCAGAUGGUAUCGUGAUUGGCUUAAGUGCCAACACUGCAGCAUUGGUAGCCACAGUGGCGCGGGUUCGAUUCCCGAACCAGGAAGUGAGGCUGGAUGUUUUUUUCAGAAAGUUUCGAUUCUGCAUUUUGGUUGAUUCCACUAUAAAAAUUCAAUUAAUACAAAAAAAAAAUAGUUUUACCCAGAUAGUUCAGAUAGGGUAGAGAGUUACCCGGAGAAUCAAGACAAGUUAGAAGUCUAUCCAGCCAGUAGCGGCAUGAUAGAGGCUAGCGUUUUCCAUACAGAAUUUGAAUUGCGGGUAAUUUCUGAUCUUGGAAAAUCUUAAAAUUCAAUUUGCUAUAACUCAUUGAAAAAAAUCGAAUCAGGCCAAACUAAUAACUAUUCAAAAAGUAAUUAAUAAUAAGCUUACAGUGAAACUGUUGCAAAUUCUAAAAAAAUGUCUAGAUUUUGUAGAUGGUCGAAAAUGUCCGGAAACGGCAUUUUUACACCUUUAGGUUAGAAUAUCUCGAAAUCCUAUCGCUUUCCAGUAAAAACAAAAUGUUGCUUUAUAUGAAAUAUGGAAGAAAAGAAUUCAACAUUUUCACAAAAAAAUAUUUUUUUUUAAAAAGUUGAUUGAAUUUUUGAUGGAAUGGGCCAUUUUUGCUCAGAACUAGACUCCUUUUUUAUCUUUCAUUUGAGAAAAAAAAAUUGACGGCCACUUAGCUCAUUUUCGAGUUAUGAAUAUUUAAUUAUUAGCUGUAUUCGAUCAAUAGGUAGACAUUUCAAAUAAUAUUUACAGUUUUUCAGCAAGUUUAGGUUAUGUUGUUGCGAUUUCCCCUAACAUUCGU